UAAGAUCGCGUGAUCUUUUUACUGUUCUGUCUCCUCCUUGUCAGAACUUCCAUUUCCACUGCUCUGUUGCUCUCGUGAGCACUUCCUCUACUAGAACUACAGAACCAACCCUACGUAACGGCUUGAGGAAUCUUAGAAUGGGCGGCGCGGGCGCUUUCAUCGAACCUUUAGUCGUCAUCUCUUUGCUCGUGGGAGGGACUUUCGUAAAUCGAGAAACGACCAGUACCAGUGCCAGCGCUACGCGAUUUAUACACAAGAGAGAUGAUAAUUUGGAAUCCGGAUCUUCAAGUCCACGCAGUGAAAAAAAUCCAGGAGCGUGGAAUCCAGAAAAUAAAUUCCUCGAAAAAAAUCCCCAAGAUGAUAAUACAACAACAACAACAACAUGGCAAACCAGAGAAAUCAGUCUCCUAGGCUGGACCCGAUCCGUGAAAUCCCCCAACACACGACCCUUCUCCCCUCGCCUCCUGAGCCGUGUACUGCAAAAACUCCCCUUCCUCGUCGAAGUCUGGUACUGGGCCCUCAUCUACUGGAUCUACCAACUCGCCCGAGCCUUCACCGCCGUCACCCUCGUGCAAGGAACCGUGCACACCGCACGUCACCACGCCCUCCAAGUCGCUCGAAUGGAACAGGCCCUGGGGAUUUUCUGGGAACCUGGGAUUCAGACAUUUUUCUUGCAGUACCCGCACGCGAUGCUGUGGAUCAAUCGUGUGUAUAGUUUCAUCCACAUUCCCGGCACGAUUUUGUUUUUGAUCGGGUGGUUUUAUUUCACGAUUACGGCGCGCCGGAGGGCUGGGGCGGCGACGCGCACGCGGUUGUAUCAGGCGAGGAGACGCACGAUGGCGAUGUGUAAUUUGUUGGCUUUUGCCGUUUUUACCGUCUGGCCUUGCAUGCCGCCGCGGCUUUUGAGUGAUGCUGAGUAUGAGGGGGAGGAUGCGACGGAAGCGAAAUCUUAUGGGUUUGUUGAUACUGUUCAUGGCGCCGGAGGGGAAAGUAGUGUUUGGACGCAGAAUAAGUUCUGCAACCAAUACGCCGCAAUGCCUUCCCUUCACUUCGGCUACUCGGCGCUCAUCGGUUUCACUAUCGCUACAAUUCCUCUUUCUCGAAACGACACCACACAUUUCGUCAAAUUUUGGCGAUUCAGAACAAAGCUCCCCAGCGCUUGGAGAAUUUCAUGCGUUGCGCUAGGCUUGGCAUAUCCACUGUUGAUCCUCGUGGCAAUCAUUGCGACAGCGAACCAUUUCAUCCUCGAUGCCGUGGCAGGUGCGAUCGUUUGCGGCGUGGCGUGGAAUAGCGAACGAUUGUUGCUGAAUUUGCUGCCUUUGGAGGAUUAUUUCUUGUCGCUUGUGCGUAUCCAUAAGCCGGAGAUGGAGAGUGAAGGCCCGAGUUUUUUGGACGAGAAGAUGGGUUUGCGGAGGAGUUCAGAUUCGUUCUGA